AUGACUGCAGAAGCCGAGUAUACUCGAAUUAGUGUUACGGAUGUGACCAGAUGGAUGGAUGAUAAAGAAGAUUUUGUUUGCAUGUGGGGUGGUUCUUUUGUGGAAAUCGUCAGUGCUCAAGGGAAAGAUCCUGUAACAAAAUGGAAACUCUGUGGCAGCCAAUCUUCUGUUUGCAAAGAUUUUGACAAAGCGGUUAAGAGUUUUGUUUAUGUUCUUGAGGGCAGCAGUCAAACAAACAAGAUGCAGCUGCCCAAAGAAAGCAAAAUGACAUGUGGACUGAUCCAGAGAUACUUGAUUCUUCAGACUUCUGUACCCCUGGGAAAAGACUUCUCAACAGAAUUAAUGAUAACUGAUUUGGGCAAUAUCAAGAGAAGAUUGUACUUAUCAACCAUCCACAAAGACCUUUCUGCCACUCCUUUACAUGCAAAAGUACCACUGUCAAUUGUCAAGCGGAACAUUUGGUGUAAUAUUUGCAUUGAACUUGUGUCAUUCACCAGUGAGAUAUUCAAAGGAGCAGCUUUUCUGUCUUUGGAUGGAAUAAUUGUCUCAGCAAGCUGUAAAUUAAGGAAAGUCUUUACAAUGAAGCUACAGCCCCAAGACACUGCUGAUGAGGAUGAUCCCUACAAUCCCCCUGCUAAUGGACCAAUAGACCUAAUUCCUAGAAGCUGCCAGUUUACAACAGAUGUGCCCUACGUUACACAGCUGAUAAACAUGGAUAAGCUCAGAGUGGCUGAAGUUAAGAUCAGUGGACGCCCCUUAUCUACAGAAUCGGAACAGACAAGCAACUGUGGAACUGCCAGUGCCCGUAGCAUCAGAACUCGAUGCCACAUUGCAUUUGGAUCAAAGGUAUUGGGACCACCUCCAGCCACAGGGAGGAAAAUAAGCACAUCUGGUCCCAAAGAGAUGGCCAGCUCUCUGGGUAGCACAAUUAACAGAACUUCUUACCAGGCCAGACAAAUUAGUGGCGAUAGAUCAGACAGCCAGACAGACCGGUCCAAAAUCUCCAGUACCAGACAUACAGAAACACAACCACAGAGUGUCCAGGGAAAUCAUCAAUCGUCUCAGCUUGUCACCUUAGAUGAUUGGAUUUUCCCUGAUGUUUCAGAGGAGUCUCAUUCUUCUGAGCAAGCCUCAGUGCCUCUCCAGUCAGUUAGCAGUGAUUUAUACCCCCACCUGAGUGGAAGUGACAAAGAGGAUGGGAGUGAGGAUGAGGAAAAGGAACCUCAGCUGAAUUUGAAGGACGUUUUUACUUAUUCUUCGAGGCCACCCUCUGCUUCACAUGGAAAAUCACAGAACACAUCUGCUGAAGGCUUCAUGUCCCUGCUAGACAUGGGAGGAAAUGGUGACAGUGACCGGAGGGGAGCCAGGUUCGAGCAUGAUUUCCUUGGAAGUGAUAGUGAAGAGACCAGAAUACAAAUGAGAUCCUGCAGUUCUGAAUCCAGGUCAUCGGAAGAAUCAUUAACAUCUAUUCCGUCAGAUAUAAAGGUAUCAGAUGGAGGCUUUCCGGCUUUAAAGAAAGCAGAUGGAGAAAAAGUUCGACCCAGCGUGAUUCCAACCCUAAGCCUACCUCCUACUGGAAACAGGCCUGGACUGCUGAUAGACACUUUGGAUUCCACUAACAGACUGAGGAAUGUCCAAGAUAACCACUUAAGGGCUUCUCUCAAUAGAAAUUCCUUAAAGGAAAUCCCAAGAGAUGUAACAAGACUGUCCAUGGAAAAUUCCGACUGUGACUGGCGAAACUACCAGCCAACCAGAAUGAGUGCCUCUGAGCUGUGCAUGUUGGCCAGUCUCCGGAGGCAGCAGAACGAGGAGCUAGAGGAUGAUGGGAAUUCGCCUGGACUCAGCGCCUCACAAAUUGACAACUGCAUUGUCAGCAUUAGCACAAGCAGUGACGACACAACCACAUGGAACUCCUGCCAACCACCUCCUGUCAAUCAAGGCCAUCACUAUCAGAAAGAAAUGAGCCCGCUCGCACAUUCCAACCCAAGGGACUGGUUGAAUGUUUUUAGUCCUCCAAUUAUUCCACCAAGCCAACAAAUGGGAGAGGGCAACGUCCACCAACACAAGAAAGGGCUUUCAACAGGUAUGUUCGUUUAUUUUCACAACCACAGCCCUUCCAAAAUGUUUGCAAACCUUUUAAUUGGUUCAGCUCCAGCUGCAACAGCUUGA